AACAAGCCGGGGGCACCUUAGAGAAAGAAAGCGUUAAUUGAGCCAAAGCGCGCGCACUAGGAGAACAGCUGUCCGGUCCACCUGUAUACAGGUGUCCCCUACAGGAGAGCACCGUCUGUGUACGGCUAAGCAAAGCAGCUGAAACCGUGUGUGCUAUACCUGCAGCCCGAGAAUUCCUUCACGGUGCCACUCCCUGUGAGUCGAUGCUAUGUAAAGCUGAGGUGAGGAGAGAGAGAGAGAGAGAGAGAGAGAGAGAGAGAGAGAGAGAGAGAGAGAGAGAGAGAGAGAGAGAGAGAGAGAAUGAGAGAGAGACACCCGCAACCUCAGCUCGGAUCUUACACAUUUGGAACGACGGCGGUUCACAGUCGCUGUCAUUUUUUACAUGAACCCACACUGCCCUGGUCUUUGACGAGAGAGUUCCCGGUCCACUGAACCAGGACAAAAAUGGGGUACAUUCAGAAGACCAAGAACAUUUUAAAGUGCCUGCUUUGCGUUCCCAUCAUGCUCUGCGUUCUCUACUUCACGCGUCCGUCCAUGAGAUACUUGGUAGGCUUCCUACCGAUGGAUAAAUGCCCUUUGGAAAGGGCAGACCUGCUGUCUCUGGAGUACAGCGUGGAUGCAACCCUUGAUAUCUGGUCAAGACCAGACGUGCAAACAUGCACCUCUUGGAAAGCUCCCAUCCUCUGGGACGGGAUGUUUGACCCUGAUCUUUACGACCAGACACACAGGAAUGAAGGAACAUCUGUGGCUCUGACAGUGUUUGCUGUGGGCAGGUACCUGGAAGCUUAUCUCGAGACCUUCCUGAACUCAUCGGAGCAACACUUCAUGUUGGGUUUGCCCGUCACGUAUUACGUCUUUACGGACCUGCCAGAAAAGAUGCCGGACAUCAAGCUCGCUCCUCAGAGAAGCAUAAAGGUUAUAAAAGUCGAGAGGCACUCCAGGUGGCAGGACGUCUCUAUGAUGCGAAUGAAGACGAUAUCAGAGGUCAUCGAAUCAGACAUUCGCCACCACUGCACACACGUUUUUUGCUUCGAUGUGGAUCAGGUGUUCACCGGAAGAUUUGGCUCGGAGGCUGUGGGAGAUUCUGUGGCUCUGCUUCACGCCUACUUCUACCGCCUUCCAAGGAAUCUGUACACCUACGACCGCAACCCCAAAUCCAAGGCUUACAUGGAAGUUGGGGAUUUCUACUACCAUGCUGCUGUGUUCGGAGGCUCGUGGAAGUGGGUAAAAGCCUUGACUGAGGCCUGCUACCAGGGCAUCAUGGAGGACAAAAAGAAUAAGGUGGAGGCUCUGUGGCACGAUGAGAGUCACCUCAACAAGUACAUGUGGCUUCAUAAACCGAGCAGGGUGCUCUCUCCAGAGUACUGCUGGGACCCCAACAUCGGUAACAGGAGUGAGAUACGUGUCACCCGACUACAGUGGGCGCCAAAACAUUAUGAGGCACUCCGCACAGAGUGACGUGUUGUGGAAUUAAGGGUACUCACAGGCUACUUUGGGCUGUAGCGCGCAACUUCGGCGCGCUCAUCGAGGGACCUAAUGAUCUCCAGGAAGGACAACAACCAACGGCCAACAAAUUCUCUGCCAAUCACAGGCGAGCUAUAGCCUCCACAUACAACACAGCGGUCACCUAACCAAUUCACUGAUAUUCAGGAAACCCAGUAACUCAUUACUGUUUUCAACAGGACUUUUUCUUCAACAGCCUUGGCACACUAAAGCUAUCACGCAACAGUCAACAUCAGCAUGUGAACCCAGUCUGUCACAAUAUUAAUGCUGACAUGCUUGACUGUCUGGGCUGGUUGAUCAAUGUUACAUUCAUGUGCAUGUCAGAUUCACCUCUUCGCCAAAUCAUCCUUUUUGGAUGGACAAUUUAUUGAUCACAAACACUUUAUCCAAAGUUAUUAAUGUCAAAUCCACAUCAUGUCUUUUAUGAAUUUCAGAUGGAUAUGUAGUAUCAAGAAUGUCAGGGAGUCCUUCAUAUUUUUUAUGUAAGAAUAUUUGUGAUAGGGGCUGUUGACAUAUCACAACAGAACCUGUUCAUUAAGGUACUUAGGGAAUUGUUGCAAGUGCUGGAGAGCGCCUGUGUGUCAGUGAAGCCUUACAUGUAGUUACUUCAGAAAUCAUGAUUUAAGGGUAGUAACGAACAAACUGAGUAACACCAUUUAUCUCAUAGGUCCAGUCAAAAUAAUGGUGGAAAGAUGUGGUGGUGUCAAGUUUAGUCUGUGUCCACCAUCUGUUACGAAUAAGCACGAACUUGAAAUGACUUGUGUCUUUGUCUUCUGGGCUGAAGAUGCAGCGGCUGACUCAUUUAUUUAUUUUCACGUUCUUUCAUUUUAAACUCUGUAAAGCUCAGGUAUAAAGCCAGUGACUUAAAAAGGUUGUGAAAGUUGAAUUUUUUUGUUUGUUUAGUAUUUUGCACUUGUGACACUGCCAAACUGACUGUUGAAAUUCUUUUUUUAUUUUGCUGCAUGUUUGAAUUUUUUUUUUUAUAAUUUUGCUGUUUACUCCUUUGUUAUGCUGUCCUUUUACAUUUUCUUUGCUUUUUUGGCCAUUUUUUGUCAUUUCUUUGGUAGGUUUGGACACAUUUCCUCACAUGACAAUGAAAAUGUCUCUUUUUUUAAAAGGAUUAUUUUGAGAUGUGGUAUAAAAAACAUUCCAAUGUACAGAGGCUUUGUCCUCGCUGCGGUGGCCCCAGGUUCGAGUCCUGGCCUGAGAACCUUGUCCUGUUUCCUGUCAUCUCUUGAGCUGUGUUUACAAUUAUAAAGGUAAAAAAAUAACCUAAGAAAAUGCAUUUGAAUAUUAACUGCACUAUCAAUAUGAAUAUUACAAUGAUGACAAGUUACCAGUAAGCCUUCAACAUAUGAAGUCUCAUGUUAUUGUUCUGCCUCUUUGCAGCCCUGCAGCAGGUGGUCCUGUCCAACCAAAUUAAAAUCUGGAUACAAAGAUUAAAUAUUUUUGACCCCCUUUUGUUUCCAUGUGAAAAUUGCUUUUUGUCGUGGACUUGAGUCUCAUAAAGCAUCGACACACAAGAUGAAUUAGUUUAGAUCUCAUUUUCUAUUAAAGAGAUUGUGCAACUAGGUCACAGCAGUUUUCUCAUUUCCAAGUUGUGGCAUAAUAUUGUUGGGUGUAAGUCUGAAAUUUACAAGACUACUGCAGAGCUUUUCAGUCGCACCUUCAUUCCAGCUGUUCGAUCAUUUUGUCAGUAGUAGUUUGGUAGUA